AUGAAAGAAGAAGAAGAAUAUCAAUGUAUUGAAUCGUUGCCUGAAUCUCGGUUGUUCGACUCGUUGGUUGGUAGAAAUUUAGCCUAUUUGCUGAGUGCACAUGCGAUUAUUCCAAACUUUGAUGAAUUGUAUAAGGAAACUGAAGAUUUGAUUAAGUUAUCUAAAACUUUCCAGAGAUUAGAAAAUAAUGAUAAGUAUUUUGCCAAUUUUGAUCACAACAAGAAGCCACUGGAUUAUGGAACAUUUGACUUUAUAGUUGUCGGAGGCGGAACAGCGGGCGGUAUUGUAGCAAAUAGAUUAUCAGAAACCAGUUUUAGGGUCUUAUUAGUUGAAGCAGGACCUCAAGAUCCAGAUACUGUGAAAGUGCCAGCUCUAGGCUCAUAUUUUUACAACACACCAUGGGAUUGGGGUUACAAUAUAACUGAACAAGAUAAAAUAUGCCUUGCAACAAUUGAUAAACGCUGUAUUUUUCCAAGGGGCAAAAUGUGGGGUGGAACAAGUAGCCUAAAUGGAAACCUAUAUAGUAGGGGCACAAGUGGGAUUAUGAUACAUGGGCAGAAAUUGUUGGCAACCCUGACUGGUCUUACGAAAAUGUUUUGCCUUAUUUUAAAAAAGCUGAAACAGCAAGGUUUAAAAUCGACUUGGAUGAAAAUUAUCAUGACUUUGAUGGCCCCAGUUUACAGAUUUGAUAGAAGACACUCCUGGAUUGCACAUGCGAUUAUUCCAAACUUUGAUGACCUGUAUAGGGAAACUGAAGAUUUGAUUAAGUUAUCUGGAACUUUCCAGAGAUUAAAGAAUAAUGAUGAGUAUUUCGUCAAUUUUGAUGACAACAAGAAGCCACUGGAUUAUGGAACAUUUGAAUAUAUAGUUGUCGGAGCUGGAACAGCGGGCGGUAUUGUGGCCAAUAGAUUAUCAGAAUCCAAUUCUAAGGUCUUAUUAGUUGAAGCAGGCCCUCGAGAUCCAGAUACUACGAAAGUGCCAGCUCUGGGCACUUUUUUUUUCUACACACCAUGGGAUUGGGGUUACAAUAUAACUAAACAAGAUAAAAUAUGCCUUGCAACAAUCGAUAAACGCUGUAUUUUUCCAAGGGGUAAAAUGUGGGGUGGAACAAGUAGCCUCAAUGGAAACGUAUAUAGUAGGGGCACCAAGUGGGAUUAUGAUACAUGGGCAGAAAUUGUUGGCAAUCCUGACUGGUCUUACGAAAAUGUUUUGCCUUAUUUUAAAAAAGCUGAAACAGCAAGAUUUAAAAUCGACUUGGAUAAAAGUUAUCAUGGCUUUGAUGGCCCCCAGUUUACAGAUUUGAUAGAAGACACUCCUGGAUUGACUAAAAUGUUAUUGAGAGCUUUCAAAGAGAGAGGCUCAAUUGAGGUGGAUUAUAAUGGACGGAGCCCUUAUGGCGUCAGUAGAGUCCAAAAUUUUCUAGAUAGAAAUGUCCGUGCAGGAACUGCACAUUCAUACAUAAGACCAGCGGCUGGUCGACCGAAUUUGCUCAUAAGUGACAACUCAUUGGUAACUAAAGUUAUUAUUGCAAAUGAUAGAGCAGUGGGUAUAGAGUUUGUCAAAAAUGGAAAACUAUAUUUUGCUCAGAGUUCUAAAGAAGUAAUUUUGGCUGCUGGUGCCAUAAAUACACCACAAAUUUUAAUGCUAUCUGGCAUUGGCCCAUCAGAAGAACUAAAAAAACAUGGCAUAAAACUUGUUAAAGCUCUACCAGUUGGACAAAAUUUACAAGAUCACGUAUCAGUUUUUCCGCUAUUCUUUAGGACUAAUCACACGUACUACAAUUUGAUACUGAAAGAACAGCUGAAAUCAUGGUAUGAGAAUAGAAGACCAUUGACUGGUGGCUGGGGAAUACAAGUAGUUAACUUCCGAAACUUGAAAAAUGAUAGAAGUAGUAAACCUGAUAUUGAAUUUAUUACUGUUGGUCCACCUUUUUUAAGUAGUACAAUUGCAACUGCAAAUGGAUUCAAUGAGGAAUACACAUCUGCAUACCAAAUUCUAAACCAGUACACUGAUUUCACAUUUGACGUCGUUUUGCUACAUCCUGAAUCAAAAGGAGAAGUGACACUGCAAUCGAAAGACCCACGAGAUUAUCCUUUAAUAAACCCCAAUUAUUUUGCCGCUGAGAAAGAUCUAGAAACAAUAUACCAAUCAAUAAAAUGGUUGUUAGAAAUAAAAAAUACUGAAGCUUUCAAAAACUUUAAAGCAGAGCGUUUGUUGGUAGCAAUGCCAGGUUGUGAUGAAAAUUACAAAACGGAUUCUAGAAAUUGGUGGUAUUGUGUGAUUAAACAUCUCGCGUUUCCUGGCUCUCAUGUUACAGGCUCGGCAAUAAUGGGUACAUGUCCCAGUAACUCUGUUACCAAUCCGGAACUUAAAGUUCAUGGAAUUCGAGGGCUUAGAAUUGCAGAUGCUAGCGUUAUUCCAGUUACCAUUUCUGGUCAUACGACUGCACCUACUGUAAUGGUUGCAGAAAAAGUGUCUGAUCUUAUCAAAGCUGAACAUGGACAAUAAAUAUUACUACCUAUACAGUUUAUUAGAUAGAUAUUCACUUAAAAAUUGAAGAUCGCAGAUUUGAUCUACAAAAAAGCAUUGGUAUAUAAAAUUCUGUGAAAUGGAUAAUAUUCUUUUCCAGAAAAACAUGAAAUUAUUGUCUAAAGACUGAACUCAUAAAUACGAACCAGGAUUCAAUGAGGAAUACACAUCUGCAUACCAAAUUCUAAACCAGUACACUGAUUUCACAUUUGACGUCGUUUUGCUACAUCCUGAAUCAAAAAAUACUGAAGCUUUCAAAAACUUUAAAGCAGAGCGUUUGUUGGUAGCGAUGCCAGGUUGUGAUGAAAAUUACAAAAUGGAUUCUAGAAAUUGGUGGUAUUGUGUGAUUAAACAUCUAGCGUGUCCUGGCUAUCAUGUUACAGGCUCGGCAAUAAUGGGUUCAUGUCCCAGUAACUCUGUUACCAAUCCGGAACUUAAAGUUCAUGGAA